AUGGAGACCAACGACAACCUGGAAGUGACUCGGUUGCUAGGGAAACGGGGAACGCUCAGACUGACUGUGGAGCCUCAGAGUCCUGUGUUCACUGGAGAGUCAGUCACUCUGAAGUGUGAGGUUCAGGGUUAUGAUGCAUGGACAUAUCAGUGGUAUAAGAAGAAAGCUCAGAGUCAGUGGACUACAGUGUCUCAGUCUGUGUUUGACACUGUAAACAGAGACACUCUCACCAUCAGUAGAGAUGCUGUAGUUAAUGGGGAUCAGUACCAGUGUAGAGGAGCACGAAAUAACAGACCAACAACAUCACAGUACAGUAACACUGUUACCCUCACUGUACAUGUUAAACCUACACCUGAACUCACAUCAAGCCUUAAAGGAGCUGCACUGGUGGGAAACCCAGUGACUCUGCACUGUAAACUGGACCAGUCUGCUGGUUGGAGCUUUUACUGGUCCAGACACACACAGAACCCUGAGAAUGAGACCAACACUGCAGCAAACUCCUACAACAUCAGCUCAGUGGCGCCCUCUGAUGGAGGCCAGUACUGGUGCAGAGCUGGCAGAGGAAACCCAGUCUACUACACAAACUACAGUGAUGCAAUCUGGGUAAACGUUACUGCUCUGUCCCAUUCAGAAGCUCCAUUCUCCAUCCUCAGUCGGCUCAGUAGUCUCCUGGCAGUCUCUCCAUAUCUGCUAGUGUCCAUCGUGCUGGGAGUCAAAUGCUACAGAGCUCACGCUCUGACUGAAACUAGAAGCCAGAAUGCAGUCUCAGAGGAGUGAGAGUCUAAAGUAAAAUACUGAAGAUGGAAGGACAUUGUUCUGUUUGCUUGAAGUCUUUUCACAUGGAUCUGAGAGACUUGAACAAGGACUAAACUGAUGACUCGACAGCUGGGUAGAGGGAACAUCUCCAGAACGGGAGGUUCCAACACACCUCCUUCAGUCUUCACAUUUAUCUGACAUUUUUAUAAAGAGCAACUUACAACUAUGACUGAG